AAAAAAUACAGAGAGAGAGACUAAUUUUUGGAUUAUCUUUGGGUUAAAAAAAAAAAAAGUUUGUAUAUCCAAAAGGUAUUGAGCAAUAGAGUCUGCUCCCAGCAUCCACGGUCAAGUUCCUUUAGUGAAUGUCUGUGUCUCAGCCUUGAGUGAAAAGGGGCUCGGUGGUGAGAGAGGAAAGUACCUACUGGAGCCUUGGGUCCCACUGCCGCUGGAAGGAGAAGUACCUGCUCCUCGCCUCUGCUUUUCCUUCCUAUCUUGCCAGGCUGGGUUCUCCAUUCCCACCAACCCUGACCCGGAACAUGCCCUGCCCUCAUCCUCGCCCCUGUCUGCCCUUUUCCUGCCACCGUGGCAAAGAGUUCCCUGACCCCAGAGAAAAGGUCAUUGUUCCAAAGAUCAUUUACUCCUCCGUCAUCUAUCCUUCCAUAUACAACCCCCUGGAAUUCUUUGAUUUCUUUUAGUCUCUGCUUGUUUUAUCUUACCACGUCAUCCUGCCCCUGCCUUUGGUGCCCCCUGAGUAGACUUGGAUUGACCCCAGGGGGCGUUGUUUUUAGAAGCCAGUAGCGUGUAUUAGGCACAGAAAGGUUUUUUGGUUUUUAUUUUUAUUUUUUAUUUUUGGCUGUGCCUGCAGCAUGUGGAUGUUCCUAUGCCAGGGAUCGAACCCACGCCACAGCAGGGAUCCAAACUGCCACGAUGACAACGCUGGAUCCUUAACCCACUGUGCCACCAGGGAACUCCUGGAACAGAAGUUUCUUUUAGAGCCCUCGUGUCUGAGUCUACAGUGUUCCAGACUCCCACCAAGCACUUUGUAUCCAUUCUCCUUGCACCUUACAAGAAUCCAGCCUGUAGAUGGUUUAUCUCCAUCUUACAAGUGAGGAGUCUGACCCUCCGCUCAGGGUCAUCCAGUGGAUGCAAGGUCCUGUGUGUGCAGGGCCCCGAGCUUCCCCCUCGUCUGGCUUGGCUUGGCGUGAGCGGAGAUGCCCUGUCACCCAGGAGGCGGGGACUUGUGCAGGAGGCCAGGGUUCGUGCUGGGGGAUGGCCUGAGCCAGUGGACAGGCCCUGUUGCAAGAGCUCGCAGACUUGCCUCACUCGUGCUGAACUGGUAGAGCACGUGGCCAGGGUGGCUCCUUAAUCGGCAUAAAUCAGAAGGGAAUCAGAGAGCCGAGAAGCCCUUUCAUCCACUCUGCUGCUUCUGUCUGCUUAGUAACUGAAUGCUGCCCUGCUUGCUGUGGGACAGAGAACUUGUCACAUGACCGGGGGUGCGGUCCAUCGGGCAAACGUCAGAGGCUGGCCACGAUGCCUGUCGCCGUGGACGACAUCAUGAAGCUGCUGUGCUCCAUCUCCGAGCAGAGGAAAAUGCAGGCGGCCGUCAAGCACUCCGGGAGGGGUGCCCUGGUCACCGGGGCCGUGGCCUUCGUUGGUGGUUUGAUGGGCGGUCCCCCAGGACUAGCUGUUGGGGGGGCCGUCGGGGGUCUGUUAGGUGCGUGGAUGACGAGUGGACAGUUUAAGCCCGUUCCUCAGAUCAUUAUGGAGCUGCCCCCCGCCGAGCAGCAGAAGCUCUUUAAUGAAGCCACUGCCAUCGUCAGGCACCUGGAGUGGACGGACGCCGUGCAGCUGACCAUGCUGGUCAUGGGCAGCGAGGCCCUGCAGCAGCAGCUCCUGGCAAUGCUGGCCAACUACAUCACCAAGGAGCUCCGGGCAGAAGUGCAGUACAACGACUAGGUCUCCGCUCGGGGCAGCGGGGGGUCCAUUUCGGUGACUCCUCCACCUUGUGGAAGGUGACCCGGGACUGGGGGGCAGCCCACCCUCUCCGUAUAUCGCCCUAAACUGGAUCGAAAUCUCUCGCUGGAGAGGCGGCUGCUAUGCUGUGUCAUGUUCCAGAAAUUAUUUAAGGGGACGCUGUGUUUGUGGCCGCGUGCACCUUCCACCGAGAAGCGGGUGCACCGCAAAGCUGUGCCUGCUGCCACGUGGAGGCCGUUUUCUGAAUCCCCCCACCUCGCUCACACGGAAGCUGGGGGAACAACCUCACGUUCGGCCUUCUCAUCUUGUGAAAAUGACGCCUCUCCACGCUCCCGUUGCAGGACCAGCACCUUCUUGGGGUCCAGGGUCUCAGGACCUCAGAGCUGGCCCAUGCUGGAAUCAUGUUUACCUCUGAAUGCCCCUUCUGGGUGGCCAGUGACUUCUGAGUGGCCUCAGGAGGGGGCAGUCGGCCUGCUGAGUGAAGCCACAAAUGUUGGUGGCACCAGCCCCUUCCCCAGUAGCUCUAGGCUCAGGCUCUUACCCUCUCAGGACUUGGCUCUCCUUUCUGAAAAGUCACAGUCCUUCUUGAGUUCUGCUUUGUAAAUUAAAUAUUUUCAGUAAAAAGGAUUGCUCUUUCUGAAGUGGUAGGCUCCUAAACUAUCUCUAGGAAAUGUGUCCACCCUGAAUUUCCUUAAUGACGUUUUUGCUUUGUUUUCAGAACCACAACUUGACUAAGUGUCAUCAGCCUGCAAUAAAUGUUUUCGGAACAAUCCUUUUCCCACCUA